UCAACAAGCAACGCAAUGGUAACAAUAAUAAUAGUUCCGGAAUCGAUUCGGUGGAAUCAUCGUGCGUGUCGCGUAAUCGUGGAGUCGGCGAAGAGGAACACAUCCGUUGGCCCACGGAAUAAAGCAAUGUGCACGGGGCGGACGAGACGAGGUGGUGGAGGUGAUGAUGGUGAUGAUGGUGGUGGUGGUGGAAGAGGAGGAUGGGGGAGAGGAGGAUGGGGGAGAGGAGGAGUGAAUGUGAACUUAGCCGGGGGUCUCUGUCUACUCGCGCUCUGCGGGACAGCCCGGGCCGGCCUCCUCUCGGACGACGUGCCAUUCCACAUUACCUGGCCGGGACACGAGCUGACGUUGCCAACGUCAGGUGCGUUGUACCGCGAUGAGGAUUACAUCAUCAUGACGACGCAAGGAAACGAGCGGUACAAGUGUAUGUUGCCGACCGUGGAGAGGGCAGACCAGGAUGACGAAGAGAUGGGAAAGGCUCCCGACCCAGACGUGCUUUUGGAUCCGUUGUUUAAGCAAAACAGCUGCUCCUAUCGGAUCGAGCCCUACUGGACGUAUGAAGUUUGCCAUGGGCGACACGUUCGCCAGUACCACGAGGAGAAAGAGUUUGGGCAGAGAGUGACCGUGCAGGAGUAUUACCUGGGAUACAUUGCCAAACAUGACCCAGAGCUGACAAAAAGCACUGAAACGCAAAGCAAACACGAGUCAACAAAGAACAAUAAUAUCCCGAUGAAGAACAUCGACGGGCAGAUGACGGCCUACUACCCGGUUGAGAUGGGUGACGGCACGACGUGUGGACUGCGUGGCGGCGUGCCGCGCCGCGCCUCCGUCCUCUACGUGUGCCACCCCAAUGCGCGCCACGAGGUUCUCUCCGUGGCCGAGGUGACGAGCUGCGAGUACGAGGUGGUCGUGCUCACGCCGCUGCUGUGCCGCCACCCAAAGUACAAGUUCAAGACGACGCCCAUCAAUGACAUUCACUGCCAGUCGUUCCCCGGGUCUCCCGCGCGGCCUCAAAGCCUCGACCGCAUGGAGCAGGAGCAGAAGGAGAGCAGCUUGCCCCGCGACACCUUCCAAAGGACCAGACAGGCCGUGCAGGAGAAAUCUGCCCCACCUGACUUGGCGAUGAAGGCGGCUGAGCAGGCCCACAAGUCUCGUGCCACGGCACAGGUUGGCGGGCAGAGGACGAUGACGCUCAUCUCGUCUGUGACUGACGAGCAGCUUCUCCGAGCGUUCCUGGCCGGAUCGCACUGCUUCCACGGGGGCGUCGGGUGGUGGAAGUAUGAACUGUGCUAUGGCAGGCACGUGCAUCAAUACCACGAGGAGAAGGAUGGCACGAGGACGGUCAUCGUGGUCGGCACGUGGAACAAGGAGGAGCACGCGGUCUGGGCCAAGGGAAGCACCCCCCGUGCCUACCAGCGCGCAGCCGAUGGUACUCUCAAAAUCAAAUCCGUGUCACAUUUUUAUGGCCAUGGGGACGUGUGCGACAUAAACGGAAAGCCCAGACAAGUUAUCGUCAAGCUGAAAUGUAAAGAGUCCGAUUCCCCGCACGCGGUCACGGUGUACAUGCUGGAACCCCACAGCUGCCAGUACAUACUCGGGGUGGAGUCAUCCCUGAUGUGUCGCAUUUUAGACUCGGCAGACGACGCUGGACAAUUGUCACUUCCGCCGUGAUCGCGUCGCCCCCCCUCCCAACGUCCGCUCGGGAAGGUCACCCAAGUCGCCGUGGCCCAGGAACCGGAUCCUCGCCGUGGCACCCGUAACCCAUCGCCGCCGCCGCCGCCACCUGACCAUCGUUCCAAAGCGGGGGGAACCCCCUCUGCGAGAUUCCCGUUUUAAACACGUGCCACGUCCGAUCCCGGGGGGGGGGCAACCCGAAUGCUCUCGGUUCUGUUGAAACAGAAAAUGAAGCAGUGCCUCAUGAACUUUGACCUCUUCACGUGAUGCUCUGUGAUGCUGAAUAAUGUCGAUAUUGGUGUUUUUUUCUUCUGAAGAGGUACCCAAGGAGAUGCCACGCUGAACAAGACAUGCGGUAGCCGCGGGAACUUGAGCGGCGUUUCUCUUAGACCUGGGUUAGCGAGCGCUGUUAUUUACUCGGAUGAGUGUAUGCGAGCUAUGUGUAUAUUGGGGAGCCGUACGCAGACGUCUGUAAUUUUUUGUUGUUGCUGGUGUUUUUUUUUGCGUAAAAUAUUUUCUCUAAUGGUCUGCGGAAGUGAUGGAAUGUUACCCGUAAUUAGAAUGACCUUGUAAUGAAUAUGAGUAAAUUCUAAUUUGUACUAUAAAUCAUUUCUGCACAAAGUUAUUUUUUUCUGGGAAUAAACUAUAUGCAGCGAUG